AUGGCCAGGUACAGACACCUGGUCUUUCAUAUACUCGAGUUCCUUCAAAAGCAUCAGCUUUACCCUGAUGAGCAGAUCCUCAAGUUCAAGAUCGAGCUUCUGAACAAGACCAACAAAAGUCUCCACCACACAGAAGACGCUCCCCAAGAUAUAAUAAUAUAUGGAGGAAGGGCUGCACCGCUCGUGACGUUCCUUUUGAACCCUAAUGUUGUCCAGGAGCUAAGAGGUGAUAAGCAAUACAAUCUCCAGAUGCUGAAAGAACGUUACCAGGUUGUGAUUUUAUUGGUCCAGACCAGAUUGAAUGUGGGAAUUACUCAGCAUAAACUUGUGCCUGAAGAAACUGUGACGGUUAUUGACUCCCGCUGUGGUGAAAAAAUUUCAGUUUACAAGGGUUCUGGUAACGAUUCUAUUACCCAGCAGUUUGAUGCUUGUGCUAGCUGGUGGACACAGGGGCCAGAUCCUGCUUUCCAGGCUGAGCUAGCUAGAGAAAUGGCUUACACUGCUGCUAGGUUCGGGCAUGUUAUGUUCCCUGAGAAUGUAUAUGAACCUGCCUUGAAAUGUGCUGAGCUCUUGAUAGAUGGAGUGGGAAAAGGCUGGGCUUCUCGAGUGUACUUCUCAGAUAAUGGAUCCACAGCUAUCAAAAUUGCCCUGAAGAUGGCGUUUCGUAAGUUUUGUGUUGAUCAUGAGACCCUAUUGGAAUUUUCUGAGGGUAGAGAUGAGAAAAAACAUAUUGUGGUUAAGGUCCUAGCUCUUAGGGGGUCUUACCAUGGGGAUACUUUAGGAGCAAUGGAAGCACAAGCACCAUCACCUUACACAGGCUUCCUCCAGCAGCCGUGGUAUACUGGAAAAGGUCUGUUUCUGGAUCCUCCUACUGGUAUCCUCUUCAAUGGAGCUUGGAAUCUCUCUCUCCCUGAAUUUUUUGCUGAAAUAGCCCCAGAAGAAUAUGGAACCUUCAGCACUCGUGAUGAGAUUUUCGACAAGAGUAGAGACACAUCAACUCUUGCAACAACCUAUUUGGCCUAUGUAUCAAAACAGCUACAAGAGUAUUCUGGAAAUACACAAUCCGCCCAUGUUGGAGCACUGAUAAUAGAACCAGUGAUCCAUGGUGCUGGGGGAAUGCACAUGGUUGAUCCUCUCUUCCAACGAGUUCUGGUCAACGAGUGCAGGAACAGAAAAAUUCCAGUAAUUUUCGAUGAAGUGUUCACAGGUUUCUGGCGUCUUGGAGUAGAGACUCCUGUCGAACUUCUCGGUUGCAAACCGGACAUAGCUUGCUACGCCAAACUGAUGACUGGUGGAAUGAUUCCUUUGGCUGUAACUCUUGCCACAGAUGCUUUGUUUGAUUCAUUUUCUGGAGAUCCAAAGCUUCAAGCACUGCUUCAUGGUCACUCAUACUCAGCUCAUGCUAUGGGAUGCGCAACAGCCGCCAAAGCCAUCGAAUUGUUCAAAGAUCCAGAGACUAACCAUAACAUCAUCCCACAAGGAGGAAUCUUAAGAGAGCUGUGGGAUGAAGAACUGGUGCAGCAAAUAUCAUGUCACAGUGCGGUUCAAAAGGUGGUUGUAAUAGGAACCCUUUUCGCUCUAGAACUUAAAGUAGAUGCUUCCAACUCCAGGUAUGCUUCGUUGUACGCAAAGUCUCUUUUACAGAUGCUCAGGGAAGAUGGAAUCUUCAUGCGGCCUCUAGGAAACGUCGUGUACCUCAUGUGUGGCCCUUGCACGUCUCCUGAAAUUUGCCGGGAGUUGCUGUCUAAGCUCUACAUAAGGUUUGGAGAAUUUAAUAGGGCAUAGUACUCCACAUUGUUUUUAAUAUUGUAUUUAAUUAGAAAACAGUUUAUCCAUAAUUGUGUUCCAAUAUACAGAAGUCCAAAGCCACAUAAGACUUAUUUACUAUAAUGUUAUCAAAAUUAUAUUAGAACAAAUUUACAAAAACAACAUAUAUACAUUCUAAGAAGAGUUUUUUUCUUGUUUACCCUAGAGAACGUGGGUUCACCAGCUAAUUAUCUGUCAUAUCAUAUAUAUAUAUAUUUUUUAGAAAAAGCAAAAUCACAAAAAUUUGCUAAGUUAUAUUCUGUUUUUAAAACUAAAAGAAAAGUAAAAAUAAAUUAAAAAAAUAGUACUAGCUGCAAAAAAUGAGUUUUUUAAAAACAUUAUUAACGCUGUCAGUAAAAUUACACUAAGUCCUAAAGUCUAACCAUUAAACCCUAAACCUUUUGGUAAAUCCUAAACUCUAAAUCGUAAAAACUAAACAAUAAAUCCUAAAUACUAAAUCCUAAACGCCGUGAGCAAAACUCUAAAUCAUAGCCCUAGGGUUUAGGAUUUACCCUAUAGUUUAGGAUUUACCAAAGAGUUUAGAGUUUACCCAAUGGCUUAGGGUUUACCCAAUGAUUUAGGGUUUAUCCAAGGGUUUAGGAUUUACCCAAAAAUUUAAGGUUUAGUUUUUAGAGUUUAAUGUUUAGGAUUUAGGAUUUAUUGUUUUGUGUUAUAAAAAAUUUGUACUAUUUUUUUUUUUUUAACAUAAUAUAAUUUGACAAUUUAUUAUUAUUUUGUUUCUUUUUUUUCAACUACUGAAUAUGAGCUCGCGGAUUUUUAUUGGUCGGUGAAUAAAUAAUUUUUCUAAGAAAUAUCAAAGUACGGAUCAAUAAUUUUUCUAGAUUUAAAUUAUUGGUCACUAAUAAUAGUAUUAUUACGUCACUUCCAAUCAAUAUUAAUAUUAUUUUAUAAUUUAAUAUUUUUACUAUUUAAUAAUGCAUAGACAAAUUUUAAACGGUUUCAGUUUUAAAACAAUUAUCAAUCAUCAAUUUUAUAAAAUUUACGUAAAACAAUAAUAAUAAAUACAGGUGCAUUAUUGAACAAAAUUGUUUGUUCUGAUGUGUUUACUUAUAUGAAAUUUUAAUCCCUAAAAUGUUUCAAAUCUUAUACAAAAGUAAAGUUUGCCAAACAUAAUAAAAGAAAAGUAAUUCAAACUAUCUUCCUAAUUUUACUGUGAUAGUCAGGUUACUCUUUUUCAUUUCAUGUAAUAGAAACUUAUUUGAGAUUAAUAUAAAUAAAAUUUUAAAACGAUAAAUAAAAUUUUAAAACUAAAUUUUCCCAUUUAUACAAAAUAUUUACAAUGAAAGUAAAAAUAGUAAGUUGCAAUUGAUUAAAUAAACACAAUUAAUUUAAAAUUAAGAUGAUAAUUUACAUGUGAAAAAAAUAUGAAAAAAAAUUAAAAAUAUAUUAUCCGCGCGUAGCGCGGAAAAACAAUCUAGUCUGUGUAAUUACUGUAAAAUUUAACAUUUUACCACAAGAAUAUUUUUUAUUUUAGUUUAACUGUUGCUCACUCCUUUUCUUAAACUUUUUGGGUUUGCUUAAUUGAUAUCUUGCUUUAUUUAUCUCUUACCUUCCAUCAAUCAUGUGAGCGUUUGGCUCACAAUCUUUUGAAUGUUUAUGACAUUAUGGUGACCAAUUAAGGCAUUAUCUUCGGGUAUGCUUAGAUUUGCUACGGCCAAUAGCAUUAUAUUUGCUACGGUUUUGGUGGGAAACAUAAUUUUACAGUUUUGGAAAAACUCCAUAAAUGUAUCGUUUGAUGGAAAUCAUAAUUUUGCUUAUGAUGAAAAAGAUCGUUUUAUGGUUUUGCCUGAAAAUGUAAUUUUAUGGUACUGGAAUAUAUAAUUUCACAAUUUCUGACGAAAAGCAUAAAUAUACCGUCUAACUAUGAAUACUAUUGCGAUUUCAUAGCUAUGCCCAUCUGGAUAUGAUCUCUCUUGAGGUUGGAUAUUUUUUGAAUCAUAGUCCAUUAUUGAUAACCCCCAAAAAUAAUGGUCCGUGUGGAUAGUCUAAAAUGGGCUGGACGGACUAAUUGACACCAUUAGUUCGAUAAGCUUGAAUCGUUUGUUCCUUGUCUGUGUUGAAGCGAAUAAGACAUAAAAUUUUGUGAUUACUUGGAUAACAUUAAUUUGGUUGCAGAGACGUUUUUGUUGAUUUGUCUAUUGUGGUUUGUUAGGUUUAUUGGUUAUUUGAUUGACAUAUAUGAAUUUUCAGGCAUGCAUGAUGUCAUUUUGUUUGCAUCUUUGUUGUAUUGAUCGUGUGUAAUUGACAUAUAUCUGCGGAUUUCACUUAAAAUUGUCACCUUUUUUCAAGUAGAAAUAGUCUGAAGAAUACAUUCAUCUGGCUCAUUUAGUUUAAAGUUUCCAAAAUGUCAUAUGGAAAAUUUCAAGAUAUGGUUCUCAUCAUAUAGGUCGGUUGUUUAUUUGAUUUGCAUAAAUGCAGUGUUUUGAAACAUGUACCAGACCCACGGUCGAACCGGUAAAUCUGGUGACACGGCAUGUAAUCAGGUUUGGGUUUAAGGAAAAACCCAUGAUAUAAAACUCGUUAAAAUCCACAAAAAACUGUUACAACCGGAAUUUGGCUACCGACUGAACUACUGGUUGAACCAAUACGAUUUAAUUAUUUUUUCUUGGAUUUUUUGGUUACAUUAUUAGAAUAUGUUUUCUAUUCUAAUUAAGAAGUUUUUUUUUCAAACUAAUUAAGAAGUUAAGUUUUUAGUUUCUUUCAAAAAUAAAAGAUCGUAUGAUCAUGUGGAUUAUGAAUCUAUUAACAAAACUAGUUAGUGUAAUUUGGCAUUAGCUUAUUUUUGUUAUCAAAAAUUUAUUACAAUUUAUAUUUUACUUUUGGUUUAUUUUGGAUUUAAAAUUUAAUUUAAUUAUUCACACUAGACAUUUAAAUACUUAAAAUUUUUAAGUCUUGAUAUAUUUUUUAUUAUUUGUCAUAACUCUUAACUUGUUACAAAAUUGUUAAAUAGUCUAUUUUUAUAUAUUUUGUUGUGAAAUGAAAAUAAAAAAAAAUUUAAAUAAUUUUCCAAAUGGUUUUUAACACAUAAAACAUUUUUUAAAUUUUUCAGUAGCUAAUAUAUUAUUAUAUAACAAAAUUAUUUAAUUUACUAACUUGUAGUUCACCUGCGGUCAAUCGAAUAAUCCGGUGAUUUUGUAAGUUGUUUGGGUCGGGUUUCAAAACAUUGAUAAAAUGAUCGGAUAAAUGUGAGAAUAUCAUCAACUGUGUAUAGUGAUGGCUCUCAGAAACGGUAAAAUAUUGUUUUUUGAAAAAUAACUAAACCGCUAGAAGAUUAACACAUGAAAACAAAUAUCUCGUGAAGAGAUUUAAAAAAAAAUAUUAUUUCAUCUUUUUUCUUUUUACUUUUUU